UAGUUGGCUCGGUUAAGCGCUCGUUGGUACGGUUCGCGCUCUGCCCGGCACAGCCACUCUCAAUUGAUUAAAUUAAAUUCCAGUUACUCUCACUAGCAUACGGUUCGGUACACGCUGCCAGCAGCAGACGCCCCAGCUUUGUCUGGAGUUGCGCUACGCUUGGCUCUGGCUCAGUGGCGAUAGGCGAGCUAAGACGAGUUGGUCGACUCGAGGAAGGCUCCCGUCAAUUAGCUCGGAAUAUUUAAGCCGGAUGGACGUGUAGCACACGGACUCCGUAUAAUUUUUAACCGACCGCAGUGAAGUGAGUGCUAAUCGUAAUCAGCGGGUUGAAUCCAAACAACGGUAUUUAUGUGUCAGGCCCAUUGUCACACCUGUGGAAGAUCGCAAUAAUCGUGUUAUCAGUUAGAAUUCAAAACUUUUGCAUAGAUAAGACGAGGCCGGAGCGAGAAAUUGACACAGUGUUUUCUGGGUUUUGUUUUGCUGCUGUAUGCAAGAUUGUGGUGGCAAAGUAAACCAACCAACCAACCAACCGAACCAACCGCACUCCACUUCUGUCUACCAGACGCGCGCCAUGUGUAAAAUUGUCGACCCCAAAGGGCAUAACUUUUGAAACGUUUCUUGCUCCACACACGACCAAGUUAGCCGUAUACUAAAACCUCUCGAGAUCUGUGUAAGAACCACCCUCCACUAGCUAUGAAAGCCGCACAGUGAAGAAAUCUCAUACCGAUCGAUCGAGUGUAGUUUAUAAAGUUCAACCGUAGAGUCACCACACGAGAUGGGAACUGAUACGGCGAUCGCAAUCGAUGUGCAGAACGAAGACUGCCGGCCGAGUACGUGUUUGAGCUUUCAAGGAGUCACCUAUCAGGUUAAGGGAAGCGAUGGCAAGAGCAAAAAGCUGCUGCACGGGAUUUCCGGUAGCUUCCGAUCCGGACGUUUGGCUGGUAUCCUGGGUCCCUCCGGGGCGGGAAAGUCAUCUUUAUUGAACAUUCUUAGUGCAUUUAAAACCAAAAAAGUCAGCGGGGAACUGUUGGUCAACGGAAAACUGAUUAAGCGUCAAAAGUACCGCCGGGAGGUGACUUACACAUCACAGGAUGUCAGCAUGCUGGGAAACAUCACAGUAGUGGAAACUCUCGAUUUUGCUGCUGAACUGAAGCUACCGAAUAGCGUUUCUGCUAUGGUAAAAUCGAAGACCGUGAACGACAUAAUAAAGCUGCUGGGACUACAAAAGUGUGCCAACAAUCACGUGGAAACGAUAUCCGGUGGCGAGAAGAAACGGCUCUCCAUCGGGUUGGAGUUGAUUUCUAACCCAAAAAUUAUGUUCUUUGACGAACCGACCAGUGGGUUGGACAUAAUAGCUGCCAUGCAGGUGAUUGCCCACCUGAAGGAGCUGGCUUUGAGUGGACGGUGUGUGGUUUGUGUGAUUCACCAACCAAGCUCCAGUAUUCUUCAGAUGUUCGAUGAUCUGAUGAUACUGUCCGAAGGACAGUGCAUUUAUAGGGGACCACUGGAUGAGCUGGUAUCCACAUUCAAAGCCAGCGGCUUCGAAUGUCCCAACUAUUAUAAUCGUGCAGAUUUUGCCCUGGAAGUGGCCAGCUUAAAGCACGAAGGAAAUCUCCUGAAUCUAAUUGAAAAGUCCAAAGAGGACUCCAAAACGGCCGAUAAGGAUACGAACGAAUCGGCAAAUUCCAACGAGACUGAUACGAUGCUAGUUUCGACAGAAACGGAUGAAUCCGAUGCAACCGAUCGGCAGUAUCCGGUUUCACAGUGGAGUCAGUUUAUGACUCUUACCAAGCGGACGACACUGUGCACCCUGAGGGAUAUGCAGCUGAUGAAGAUGCGUAUUCUGGCUCACCUUUUCGUCGGACUGCUGAUUGGGGUUGUGUUCUGGGACGUCGGUAACGACGGUUCCAAGGUACUGAGCAAUGCGUCCUGUUUGUUCUUUUUUCUGAUUUUUGUGUUUUUCGCCAACUCCAUGCCGCUGGUUAUGACGUUUCCACUGGAAACGGCUGUGUUCAUCAGAGAAAGAAUGAAUAAUUGGUAUUCGCUUAGCGCGUACUUUUUCUCCAAACUAGUUGCCGAUUUCCCGUUUUUGAUUUUGGGCCCCACACUGUUUCUAGCCAGCUCCUACUACAUGACUGCUCAACCGAUGGAACUGGAGCGCAUGGUGAUGCUGUGGGGAAUCUGUGUUCUAACGGCAUGGAUUGCUCAACUGUCAGGCCUGUUGGCGGGAAGUUCACUGCCACUUGAGCUAAGCGUAUUCUGCGUGCCCUGCUCGGUCAUUCCAAUGCUGAUUUUCUGCGGAUUUUUCGUACGCUUCCGAGAGAUGUUCGACUUCCUGAUUCCGUUCACCUAUAUUGGCUAUUUUCGAUAUAGCUUCGAGGGUGCUAUGCAGGCUAUCUACGGAUUCGAUCGGGCCAACAUUCCCUGCGAAAAGUUCUGCUACUUUGGAAAGGUUUCCAAAUUUUUGGAGAGUUUCGAUAUGGAGGAAAACAACUUCACUAUGGAUGUUACUGGUCUGUUGGUGUGGAUCUUUGUUCUGCAUGUAGCUUUGUAUGGCAGUUUGGUGCUAAGACUAAGACGGAAUCAGUAGUCGGUGUUUGUGGGAUGCAGGAUGCUGCCUCAUUAACUGAUAAGAAUGGAAUUUAUCAAGUCCUUUAUUCUAAGUACUUUUAUUA